ACAAAUUAAAACUCAAAGCAACGGGACAAUCAACGAACAUUCCCGUGUUGUUUGGCGAAUUCAAGUGAUUUAUUUGAGACAAUUCCAAAAUUAUCUUAUCCAAGAUAAACAAAAAAAUCUGUUUAAUUUGUUUAUUCACUUGAUCCAGCAUUUAGUGUUGCUCCAAUCACUGUAAUCGCGUUAAUUAAUGGUUCAAAUCAUGGCUGGAUGUUUGGAAUCCGUCCUGCAGGUCAUAAAUAAGAUGUCAUCCACCGACGUUGGUGGUGACAUCCACGUACCCAUAAAAGUAUCCAUUGAAUUGGGGCCAUAUUUUGUAAACAAAUUCGGUUGUUGCUGCCUGCGCCAUUCUCGCAUGACUCUGCAUCAUGUGUUAUCUCGCAGAUAGCUUAUCAGGCAGAAAACACUCCACUGAAUGAGACUGUAUAAACAAGUUAUCGGGCCUCAUAAGUACCAUCAUAUUAGUAGUGGUUCGAUCACUUAUAAGCUUGCUGAUUUAUCGUGACUUCUUCAAACUCGUACACGAUAAAAAAAAACAGAAUAAUAAUUAUUAAUUUCUCGGGUUUUGUACCCUAACGCUGCAUUUGCUUCGAAAGUUGCACUGCAACAGGUGGUAACGUUCGUAACGUUGCUCUAUUUCAGAAAAUUGUGUCUAAUUGUUAAGUGUUCGAAUAUUUGUACAGGUUACCGAGCCAUCUUAUGGCUAAUCUGUUACGUCUAAAUCCCAUUUCUAACGACUAAUAUCAAUAUUGCAAAAUGUCAAGAAAUAUUUAGAUCAGCAAAAAAAAAUCGACGCAAUCGUUCAGAGGCAUAAGUAAUGCAUUCUGUAAUUUCAAGCAAUACAUCACUUCUCGCUAAGUUGCAUCAAACGACAUAUAGAUUUAAUAUAUGUUUAGAAACAAAUAGAUUAAAGAUUGCUGAAUGUAACUGUGAUAUUGCAGGAUAUAAGUCAAGAUGUUUUUGGAGAUUGUGUUGUUGUUUGUGUUGGUGUUGGUGUACGCGGUGCUGAGGGACAGGCGCCCCCGCAACUGCCCCCCUGGUCCAGCUGAGAUCCCAUUUUUUGGACGACUUCCAUUUUUCGAUGAAGAUACGGGCGAAAAUCUGCGAAAAACCUACGGUGAUAUUGUCAUGUAUCGCACUGGGACUAUACGCUCGGUGUUUCUGUUCGACUCCGACACCGCCAAGGAGGCCUUGGCAAGACUGGAUUUCGCCGACCGCCCAGAUUUCUUCACCACUUUCAGCUUGGACGAUCAAAAACUUGGAGGUGUUAUUAGCAGCAACGGUGCGCACUGGCAGCACGACCGCCGUUUUGUGCUACGCAACCUACGCAACCUUGGAAUGGGUAAGGAUCACCUAGAGGAAGCAAUUAAUAUCGAAGGCAAAGCGCUGGUGGAAGACCUCAAGAAGUACGGUGGUAAAGCCAUCAACUUCCCCGACAGCUUCAGGACAGUGGCGCUCAACAUCAUCUGGCAGAUGGUGGCUAGUACUCGGUACGAUCUUCGCUCUAAAGAAGUUGAAAUAAUUUAUCGCCUGACUAAUGAAUUUCGUGAAAAAUUUUCCGUGCUGUCGUUAUUACCCGUAUUCAUUCCGGCAUUAGAUCAUCUACCUAAAUACAUCAAGAAUUUUCUGUUUGGCGACGAUAUUUUUGAUCGCUUCGUGGAAGAAAUGAAGAACGUCGUGAACGAAGCCGUGGACAAGCAUCUGGAGGACUAUGACCCCGACAACCCCCGGGACCUCAUAGACGAGUACAUCAAAGACAUGAAGGCGAGCGAAGGCGACGACAACUCUCUUUUCAGGAGGGGAGCUUUGAACCAAAUUGUCAACGACCUCUUCGUCGCGGGCUCAGACACAGUGAGCCACAUGCUGAAGUGGGUGGCCUACCUGCUCGCCCAGUAUCCAGAGUAUGCAAAGAAGAUGCAGCAGCAAAUAGACGACGUCGUGCCUAGGAACCGCAUGGUGUCGCUCGAUGAUAAAAAGAGCUUGCCAUUGGUAGAAGCAUUCACCGUAGAAGCUUUGCGGUAUUCGUCCAUGGUGGUGUACAACGUUCAGAGGUCGGCUCAUCGAGAUGCAACCAUCAACGGCUACUUCAUCCCCAAGGGCACUGUGGUUCAGGUCGCCAACUAUUCUAUCCACCACGACCCGCGGUACUGGGACCACCCCCACAAGUUCUACCCUGAACGAUUCCUGGACGACAGCGCCACCAAGUACACUGCUCCUAACAUCGGCUUCUUUGCUUUCGGUUCAGGUCGGCGCCAGUGCGCUGGUGAGCUGCUGGCCCGCAUGGAGUUGUUCCUCUUCACCGCCGCCAUCAUCCAGCACUUCGACGUCAUUCCUCCAAAGGGCGUGGUCCUCAGCCAAAAAGAUAUACUGAAUUUGGGAGGCCUUCGCACGCCGGCAGACAAUAAGCUAAUCUACAGACCAAGAAACUAACAUUUACACAAACCUCUGCCUAGCCAACUUUGUUUGGUACAGACAUCGCAGUAAAUGAAUCGCUCGAAAAAAAUUAGCAUUUGAGAAAAAAAGACAACUCUGUCGUCUCUGUAUAAAGUUACACCAUGUGGAAGCUAUGACCGCAAAUUUCAAAUGCGCGAAUUUUUCUGAUCCAAUGAAUAAUUCUAAAAUAUCGUACUGUAGAAUAUUUCUUUAGAUAACACUCAAUUAUGCACCAUGAAGAGGCUCGUGGUAGACCUGAUACAGAGUGAAUGAAACGUUCCAAUUAAGAAGAUUUUUGACAUCUAAAUAAAGCAUAAUAGGUGUAAUGUUCAAACUGAAAAAUGUGCUAAGAGCCGCUUUAGUGUUGGUAAUUUCCUUGCUGCAGAGGCCUAGGUUGAUUAUUAAUUAGAUAUUACAGGUUUGGAGUAUUGAUUAGAUUUAACUGGUUUUAUAAAUAAUUGGAUUUAACGGGGUUUGGUUAUUAAUUAGAGUUAAUGAAUUUUUUAAGUUUUUUGCGUACAAAGUGCGCGUUUUAACUGCGAUUUGUGUUUGGGAGAUAGUUUUAGAAAGAAAAGGAACCCUGUUGCAUGCGGUCAUGCGCACCAGAGAUCAUUAUAAUAUUGAAUGAGAGAGAAGAUUAAGCCUCUGUCUUCGCCAUAACUAUUGUUGCUCUGUCGGUAAUUAUUGUCAAGUUUGAUUACACGAAGAGUGUAAUCAAACUUUACGAUCAAGUUUUACGUGGUGUAAUAUAGGUGUACUAGCAACAUAUACGUUCAUGACUUCUUCGUGGCGCUGUCUAUUAAAUUGUGUCUUGACCUCA